AAUCUGAAUGGUAAUUACUAAUUAGUAGGAGAAAAAAUCGAUGGCAACUUCGAAGCUUCAAGCUCUCUGGAAUCAUCCAGCUGGACCUAAGACAAUUCAUUUUUGGGCGCCGACGUUCAAGUGGGGUAUAAGCAUUGCCAACAUUGCAGACUUUCAAAAACCUCCAGAGACCCUUUCAUACCCUCAACAAAUUGUGAUCACAGGCACUGGACUUGUUUGGUCGCGUUACAGUACUGUAAUCACUCCGAAAAACUGGAAUCUCUUUAGCGUAAGUCUUGGAAUGGCCGUGACAGGCAUAUACCAACUUACUCGUAAAAUAAAGCACGAUUAUGCAUCUGAAGCAGCUCCUAUUAUUGCAAAAGAAUGAUGAAGAUGAAGCCUUGUGGUUCUUAUUAAAAACUCAUCUUUCUUGCAGAUUUAUUCCAAAAAAUCAUCAUGUCAAGGCUUGAUUUUGUUUGAAUACCCAAAAAACCGCCGGCUUAUAAAUUGUUUGUUAUAGUUAGAUAAUGAAAUACUGGUGUGAGU